GAAACUCAAACAAUAGAGAAAAAUGUGGCAUAAAGUGAUUUAUUUUUUUAAAUGAUCGUACACCUCAAGUCAAUUUAACUUUCUUUUCCUGGGUGUGGAAUAAAAACACAUUCGUGUUGCUGCCAUGUUUGUGAAGUCAACUGUCAGCGGGGGCGUGUCAUUGACAGCCAGUAUUACAGACUUGACGUGAACCUGCUAACAACAAAAGCCCUUGGCAUUAUAAUAAAGCGACUUGGGGAUUUUUUUUUUUCACAGGUUCAGAAAUGUCCUUGAGGGAGCUAUGAUCUUCGUAAAGUGGAUAACAUCAUGAAAUCUUCCACAGGAUCCUUUUGGAUAAAUGAAGAUAUAAACUUCAUCAGAGUGAAAAAGCCAAGUUCACAUUUUACAAAGGUCAUCCACCUGCUCCUUCUAUUCACAGGUCUUUCUUCCUGUAAUGAGACUUCCACAUCACCACCUCAUGUGACAAGCGCUCAGACUUCAGUGUACUACUUAUUGGAUAUCGCUAUUUAUGUGACGGGGCCGGUAAAGAAUGAAUCAGAAAUUACAUCCUGGUUCCGGGAGGUGUUCCAAAACACUUUGGGGAGGUGUGUGUCUUCGCACGCUGAAUACACGACAGCUUUCCCACUUCUGGUGCAACAGACAUCUGCAAACUCUUCACUCGGGACAACAACUACAACAAAUGGGACUCAUAGCAACAUUGCAAUCACAGCGAGCACGUUACCAAGUGACAACACGACGCUGGCAUUUCAAAACACAAAUACUGCAACGACUACAUUUCAAAACUCUGAAACAGCAACAGCACUACAAACGUUUGGCACGACUACAACUAUUAUGUUUCAAAACCCCAACAAAACUGGAGCUAAUAAUACUGCAGAAGGUCCCAAUAACACUGCAGCAAAGAACGCAACCAACAACGCAGGCAAAAAGGUGGAAAAAACAAUUCCCAACUCAAAAAAUGCACGUUUUAUUCGAACAGCCGUCCUUAGCGGUAAAUCAAGUGGCAUAUUUCAGGGACUUGAAGUUUCGUGUGCAGAGAAGACCAAAAUAAGAAAGACCAACUGCUUGGUGAUUCUGGCGCUGAGGCAGAACGUGUCGCCGUGUUGCAUCCUGAAAACAGUCUGCACAGCCAAUCAAAAUUCCUCCCAAAUCCACGCAACGGGAAAAAGAGCCAAUCGUCAGAGUCCCCCAAAUGAGAACUGCAACAGUGAUCACAUGGAUGAAAAUAUCUGUAUUUAUGAAAAGAAAUCAAACAAUUCUAAAUGUGAUGAUUCAGCGUUUGGCGCAGCUCCAUGUGGUCCAGAAAAGAAUAAAAACUGCAGCUGUGCAGCUUUCUGCAAUGCAACUGAUGCAUAUUACACUUUUGAAAUUUCAAUACAAGACCCUGAAAUGAACGGCUCCUAUGUUCUGUUACUGAUGACACAGCUGAACCAGAGUUGCUCUCCCACAACAAAUGAGUCAUGCUCUUUUCCCACAAUUGCUUCUGAAUACAAGAAUGCCACUGUGGAAUGUAGUCCAGCCGGAACAAACUCUCAAGGUUGCAAUGUGAUUUUACACCUGGCCGAAGCGGUUCCCGUCUGUAACGUGUCCGCAGCCAUAACGACUGUGUUUCAAUCUGAGAAAAAUAUAACGUUUGACGGACGAAUGACCAGAGCAGCUAUCUGUGGCCAUCCAAAAUUUAGUGACAAUUUGUUGGAUUCUCAGUUCACAUGGACGAACACCACCUAUCAGCAUGCAGAUGUUUGUCCGACAGAGGAAGGCUCUCCCUUUCUACUCACCACUCAGAACUGUCAACCAGGAAAAAACAUGGUGGUGCCGUUAAAGGAGCAGUGUGUUCCAAUUGUGUCGAGCACAGCUGGCCCCAAUGUGACCGUCUCCAGUAAUACGGCAUCAUCCCCGGAUGUCACCACCGUCUCAUCUAAUGAGAGCCAAGCCAACGCACUUCUUGAGCUGACCGCUAAUGUCUCCAGACUUAACUCCAGUCAGGUGGAGCAGCUUGUGUCCCAGUUGGAGGAUCUGUUGUCGGGCCCUAAUAUCAGCGUGGCUCUGGCUAACAUAACCAUCUACAUCGUCAGUAACCUGCUGGACGCCUCCGCUGAAACACUGGCUAGCUCCUCUAACAGAAUUCUAGGGCUCGUUGAUACAGUGGGCCUCAAAUUGGUGCUUGAAGAAACAACGGAGACUCUCUUGUCGCCAGCUUUAGCUCUGUCUGCCAAAGCGGUGGAUGGAAAUGAUUUUCAACAAGUGCUCUUCUCCAUCUCUGAUCCGAACAACGCACAGGUCCGAGUGGAUCGCAGAUUUCAAUGGAGUGAGAGGAACAACUCGUCCAUCCCUCAAGGCUCCAUCACGCUGCCUCCCUCACUCACACAGAACCUCACCUCGGAGGAGCAGCAGAUGGCCUCCAGAGUCCACUUCAACUUUUAUCAGAAAAGCACCCUAUUUAAGGACGGCUCUUUAGGAACACGACGACUUAACAGUGGGAUUCUAGGAGCGAGUUUGGCAAACUUGACAGUCACCGGACUUGAUGAGGAAAUUGUGAUUACUCUCAGGAACCUGGAGUCCAUUCCUGCUAAUUAUGUGGCUACAUGCGUCUUCUGGGACUUUGCAUUAAAUGGCCAAUCCGGUGGCUGGAACACAAACGGCUGUACUGUCCGCAACAGCACAGACGACGUGACAGUUUGCGGCUGCAACCAUCUCACCAGUUUCUCAAUCCUGCUGGACCUCGCCAGGCAGCCUCUAACCAGUCGAGUAAACGCCACCAUUUUGAGCUUCAUCACAUAUAUUGGCUGUGGAAUCUCUGCCAUCUUCUUGUCCUUGACGCUCCUCACGUACUUAGCCUUCGGGAAACUACGCAAGGACAUCGCCUCCAAAAUCCUGAUCCAGCUGUGCGUGGCUCUCCUGUUGCUCAACCUGGUCUUCCUGGUGGAUGCUUGGCUGGCCCUCUACCCAGACGCCAAGGGCCUCUGCAUCUCCACCGCCUGGUUCCUCCACUACUUCCUGCUGGCGGCCUUCACCUGGAUGGGCCUGGAGGGGGUGCACCUGUACCUAGGCCUCGUCAAGGUUUUCAACACGCACGUCCCGCGCUACAUCCUCUGGUUCUCGCUGGCGGGCUGGGGCGCUCCCGUCAUUGUGGUCAUUAUUGUCAUAGCCGUCGACAAGGACAACUACGGACUUGUGUCCUACGGGAGGUUUUCUGACGGCACAAGUGAUGACUUCUGCUGGCUAAAAAAUGACAUCGCCUUCUACGUGGCAGUGGUGGCUUACUUCUGCGUCAUCUUCUUGUUCAACUUCAUCGUUUUGGUGGUGGUGCUGGUCCAGCUGCAAAAGAUGAAGAAGCAGAACCCGCACAACUCGCAGCACCGCACCACGGGACAGGACGUGCGCAGUGUGGUGGGCUUAACCAUCCUGCUUGGCCUCAGCUGGGGCUUCGCCUUUUUCGCCUGGGGGCCUGUCAACCUGCCGUUCAUGUACCUCUUUGCCAUCUGUAACGCCUUCCAAGGUUUCUACAUAUUUGUGUUCCAUUGUGCGGUGAAGGAAACGGUCAGGAGACAGUGGCAGACAUACCUUUGUUUCGGAAAAAUGAGGAUGGCUGAGAACUCAGAAAGGAGUCGCACAGCAACCCAGAAGAUAAUGAAGAGAGCUUCAGUAACCAGACCAUCAUUGCGGUCCAACACCUCGUCCAGCUCGACAUCUUUCCUCAGUCGUAACUCAGAGCAGAUUCAUGGCAUAGGAAAUCCCUUGGAUGACAGAAUCAUCACCAUUGACGAGGAACCUAGCGUGGACGUUAUCCUUAACGAAUGAAAUACGUAGUAGGUAGCACAGAAACCAUUGCAUUCAUCUUCUUUGGAUUAUUUAUACUGGACCACCCCUUGUGGAUUGUUUUAAGUCACGCCUUACGGCCCCACUUUUAUCCCCUGGCUUUUAACGCCGUGUGAGUUGUGUGGUACUUGUGUCUUAAUUUAUUGAUAUUUGUUUUGUCAUGGUUUUACUUAUUUAUUUAGUCUUAAUUUGAUUUAGUCCUUUUGUGUCCAUCUUUUUCUCAUGUUGUGCAGGACUUUGGAGAUGUGUCUGUUUUAAAUAAUAAAUAAACAAUUUGAUAAUUUUUACAAUAGCCUUUUUUGCUAGUUUGUAAAACUUCACACAUUAUUCCAAGGCCUUUACACAUUAUUGAUUUACUUUAUUAUUGUGUGAAGGAAAUGGGCUUCACAUACAUGUUAUAUUUUAUUUGUUAGGGACAGUGCACAAUGAACAUUUCUGUGGAUGCACCAGAAUCAGCCAAGGGACUAUUUUUUAUCUGUAGUGCCUGAGGAAAUGUCUUGCCCAACAACACAUGGCCACAGCCACCCAUGGCUUUUAGGCAUAUUUUAAAAAAAUGUUUACUUCUAAAAUGACCAUACGGCUAGACGUAAGCUUCACGUGCGUUUAAAACACAAAGGGCUUCCUUCAUUCUAUUUCACACAGAAAAAUGGUUCUGGGAGAAAACUGGUCCAUCAAACAAAACCACUUUAUUUCUAAAGGUCACAAAUCAAAAUAAAAAAACAUUGUGAAAAAAACUUAUUUAUGGGAGCGAGGGAAUAAACACAUGCCACCGUAUCCCACAGGGUCGCUUGUAAACGUGCUGCGCAAGCUACAUUCACCGUGCUUUACGCAUAUCAGAUAUACACUGACUGGCCACAACACUAUGGCCACUUGCAUAAUCUAUUGAGAUCCAAUACAAUUUGUUUCUUUGUAGCAGAAUACUGAAACCUGAUAUUCUGAUUAUGUUGUUUGGUUACAUGAUGGAUACAAAUAAUUCAAAACAUCUUCCACUAUGGUGCAGUCCAGUUUUACACCAUUGCAAACUUAAUUUAAAGUCUAAAUAGUCUUACUGUUGUGGCUGGCCCAUGUCAGUGCUAAACACUUUACCAGAAGUAACCAAUAUUGAGGAAGGAAAAAGAAAAAAAUAACUAAACAUAAAAUAGCACAAAGAUGGAAGUGAUGGACCUUCCCCCCUUUUGGACAUUGUAAUCAGCCUGGGGAAGAAAAAAAAGACAAUCGUUGUAACAAGAAACAGCUUAAAAGCAAUUCAGUAGCUGAUCUUUUCACUUCUUAAGGGGUCACGACAACAAACGAGAGCAAUUGUUCUCUAUCAGUAACAUCAGUGUAUCGGCUGACAGUUCAAAUCUCUAAAGAUCCUUUAGAAGAGUGCAAUAUACUCAUUAUUAACCCAUAACCUCGUAUUAUUAACCCACAA